CUUCACUUCAUUCUCAGCACCAACACAUCUGGUUUGCUUGUCUACCUGGGGCGGCAGUAUCAGCAAAGCAUUAACCCCAACGAGGUGUCCCAAUCGAUCGCUCAAAUCAUCGUCCACCCAAGCUACAACAUUGCAACACAUGACAACGACAUAUGUCUCCUGCAGCUCUCAUCAUCUGUAGCCUUCACUGACUACAUCCAGCCAGUCUGCUUGGCGGCUGCAGACAGUACCUUCUUCAAUGGAACUGUUAGCUGGGUCACCGGAUGGGGAAAUAUCAACAGUAAUGUGCCUCUACCCUCCCCUGGGAACCUACAGGAGGUGGAAGUCCCAGUAGUGGGGAACAGGCAGUGUACCUGUCUCUAUGCGGGAGUGGAUACAAUCACCAACAACAUGCUCUGUGCUGGCCUACUAGCUGGAGGAAUGGAUGCCUGCCAGGGAGACUCCGGGGGGCCAAUGGUGAGCAAACAAGGCCAGGUGUGGAUUCAGGCUGGAGUUGUAAGUUUCGGACAAGGCUGUGCCCAAGCAGAUUUUCCAGGAGUGUACGCCAGAGUAUCCCAAUACCAGGACUGGAUCAACAGCCAGAUUAGUACUAACCCUCCUGGCUUCGUCACAUUCUCCUCCAGUGGGACUGACUCUGACCUAAAUGUCACCUGUGCUGCACUGUCCCGGGGGACCACAUUCCACUUCUCCUCCUUCUUUUUCUCCAUAUUUCCUCUUUAUCUCUCUCUUCAUCUCUCUUCAUAGGUAGCAACAAGCAUGCCCAACUAACCUGAGUAUCUGUCCUAGGAUUGCACAUUUUCCUAAAAUCUAAAUGGCACCAUUCCUGGAAUAAUAACAAUAAUCCACAAUUACGGAAUCCUCCCACAGCAUUUAGGGUGUAAAAAUCACCACAGAUUUUAAUAAUUUAUAAUAUAGUAUAUGCAAAUGAGAAAUUUUGAUAUUUAUUUUAAUAAUGGUCAUAUUAAGAACAUUUGUGCAAAAGAGCCUAAUUUUUUUAAAUUAUACAAUAAAUGUAUUACAACUCCCA